AUGAGCAGGUGCAGAUGGUCAAUCUCCAUCUCUUUUAUGGCAGAUUCUUUUUCGAGGACCUGGCGACAACUCUCUCUGGACGGUAGGGGAACCCCUGUGAAAUCAGUAAUCAACGCACUCCCACUCCUCUUGCUCCAAUUCCCUCUCUUCCUGCUAAAGCUCCAACUUAUCCAGACUGGUCAACAAUUCUUCCUUUGUUCUCCUAAUCUCUCUAUUCACAUUUGCACUCCACCCCUAAAACACUUUCUCAUCUGUUGUAAAUGUACUCAAAAGGCUUCCCCAAUUCUCCUUUUAACAACAGUGCAUGCUCCUCUGAAUAAAGUCUUCUUGUUUCAACCAUGA